AUGGUGUCCUCAGUGUGGGAGGUGUUCCCACAUGGUUUCCUCAGUGUGGGAGGUGGCCCCACAUGGUGUCCUCAGUGUGGGAGGUGGCCCCACAUGGUGUCCUCAGUGUGGGAGGUGUUCCCACAUGGUUUCCUCAGUGUGGGAGGUGGCCCCACAUGGUGUCCUCAGUGUGGGAGGUGUUCCCACAUGGUUUCCUCAGUGUGGGAGGUGGCCCCACAUGGUGUCCUCAGUGUGGGAGGUGGCCCCACAUGGUGUCCUCAGUGUGGGAAGUGGCCCCACAUGGUUUCCUCAGUGUGGGAGGUGGCCCCACAUGGUCCGUGGAGAGAGCGGAGCCGCUGCUGA